CAUGUUGCAGGGCUGGCUGGCUAGCCGGCCAGCCGACGGACUGGGCUGGGCUCGUAAAAUUGCAGCAGAAGACAGGUGUAUAUCUCGGUGUACUAUCGCCCAGCCGGCAGAACUUGCAUGAUGGUGUGUGAGUGUGAGUGUGUGUGUGGCAAUGGCAAAUAGAUCAAGCAAGGCGUCGUUUUUUGCUGUCGUGGUCCUGCACCGAACGAUUCCAGAAACACAGCCAAGACGGUCCGAUCUACGUGCCACCACCGACUCGAGUCAAUCUUCUGUGUUUCUUGUCUUCCAUCUUAGCGAUCGGGAUGUAACCCUGCGACCCCCGGCAUCACCCACCAUUCGUCCCCUCGUGAAUGUUUCGUUCUGUUUGCUGUCGGAUGUAGAUAGGCUGGGGCAGAUGACUACCUAGUACUUGGUGGCAUCCCACGUCAGUCGCCGGAACGAGAACGGUGCCACUGGGACAGAGGCUCUCAGACAAGUAACACAGUAGCAAAUGGUUUGA